GUUUCACGUGUCACACGGCGCACACGUCGACGAAUUGUCGCGGAGCUGAGUGCUCCGGGUCACAUCCCCGUGCAUCGUUGUAGACGUUCGGAGACGUUGGGCACGUUCGGACGCACGGCGUGAGCGUGUUCGGGCGCGGGGAACAACUCACUGUCAAACGCUCCUUUGACCCAAGUGCGAAUUCGCCGAACGACGACGAUGGCACCGAAGCAGAGAAUGCGCAUCGCCAACGAAAAGGCGACGAAGAACAUCACCUUACGCGGAAACGUACCCAAGUCAUCGAAAUCGCAAGAGGAGGGAUCUUCGGUCGGACCUUGGCUCUUAGCUCUAUUUCUCUUCUUAGUUUGUGGAUCUGCUGUAUUCCAAAUCAUCCAAAGUAUCAGAAUGGCUUGAAGAUGACAAGGAAGAAAAAUGCUACUGUUAAUCUUAACACAAACCAUUUGCAACUCAUAAAUAUACGGAAGAGACUGACAGGCCGUUUUGAUACAGAUUGUAAAGGAAAAAAGAGAAGAAACAUAUUACAGGAAUUGGAACGUAAUCACCGUAACGAUAACAUCUGGAUAAUAGUUAGAAAACUAUUUUCCUUUCUGCAGAAGCUCAAAGAUUUAUUUAUACCGUUUAUAUUUAUAAAUGCAUUUAUAAGCGUUUAACUUAAUUGUACUACACAUAGACGAAAGAAGCGCUCGUACAUAUACAUGGCUGCGAAGAGAAAUUACCGAUGAAUUUGAUGAAACAUAAAGCUGCAAACGAUCAUUCUAACUUCCAAUUCUCUGCCACGGUCUGAUCAUUUUAGUCGAUAUUUUGGUUAACGAUUUUCUAUUGUUUCUUUUUAAAUCUUCUUUCGUCCAUGAGUAAAUAUAGUAAAUAAUUGUAUAUACACGAACGAUUAUUGUAUGGAUUUCUCCUCGAACAGGCUUGUCUAACUGGCGACAGCAAGCGGUUGUCUCUUUCUAGUUAGACAGACCCAAAGCAUUCCACUGUAAGCAGUUGGUAGCUUCCUGUUGUCUGUAUGUUAUAAUGGCCUUUGUAUGAUGCUUAUAUAUUAUGAACGAAGAGAAGAGAUAUAGGUCAUUAUACUUAUAAAAAAUAUAUAUAUUAUAUAGAA